UCCUGCAGGAGAAAGCGCGUGAAAAAUUAAGGAAAUAGCCGGCUGUCUGUUUGAUAUCAACGCGACGGCUCGCGCACUACGAUCGCCAGUGAUAUCGGGGAGCGCUUCCCUCACCGCGAGGCGCGACGCACGGGGAAGCACCUGCUCAGGAUAUACGUAUGGCGGAAAGAGAGGGACAAUAAGAUAAAGCCAUGUCCGUGUUCGACGCGCUGCUGGCGGAGGUGUGGUCCGCGGCCAGGGAGGACGACAGCACGCUCUUGGCGGACUUUGCGGCCCCCUCGAGCGACGCGGCCAGGGCGGCGCGUGCACUCCGCCUGCCGCAGCUGCCCCGGACCCGCCGGGCGCUCCGGGAGCACGCGGAGGCCUUCACCGCGACCGGGCAGGACCAGGACGAGCCGGCGGGGGCGGAGGACACCGGGCUGAAGAGCAGCCUGCGGACAAAGCGCGCCAUCGCUCGGGCCCAGGAUGCUGCCGCCGCCUCCAGAGACCUCGACGCGAUCCUCGCACUGUCUGAGGCCAUACGGUUCGCGCGAAGCGGAGAACUUGAAGAGGCCAUGGCCCUUGGAGGCCGAGGCCAUGCGCUCCUCAGGCUACAGCAGACUGAGGCUGGGCUGCAGGACCUGCGGCGUGCCAGAGAGCUGCUGGAGCCUCUCUUAAAGGUCUCGGACGAGUCCAAGACUGUGCACCUUGCGUCAGACCUCUGGUCAAGCUACUUACGGACAUUGCUGGACAUCGCCUCCUGCCUGGAGGCACGGAGAGCACUGGCUGAGGCCGAGACCGUGCUCCGGGAGGCCAUGGCGGCCGUGAGGGAUGUGGCUGAACGCCUGGACGCCAAGGACAAGGCGCAGGCCGUGGGCAUCAUCAUGCAACGCCUCAAGGAGAUCGGCGGCCCGCAGACAGAGGAGACACCGCGGCCUAGCAGGCCGCCGCUCUCGUCCUCGGGACUAGACGCCCUGCCCAGGCUGCUCGCCGGGCCCCACCCCACCCUGACCUCGGCGUCAGCGGCCCUGGAGGAGAGGGUGGACGCGAAGCGCGGGCGACACCUGGUGGCCGCACAGAACAUCCCGGCGGGAAGCGCCAUCAUCGUGGAGCGGCCGUACGCUUGGUCCUUGGCACUGGAGGAGAUGGCGACACACUGUCUGCACUGCUGCAGCCCGGUCCUGGCGCCCCUGCCCUGUCCGCUCUGCAGCAACGUGGCGUUCUGCGGCGAGGACUGCCGGAGGGCGGCGCUGUCCUCCUACCACCGCCUCGAGUGCCCGCUGCUCCGGCAGCUGGUGGCGCCCCAAGGCCAGGGAGGUGGCGGCGACCUCACCCCCAUGGCCCUCCUGGCCUUCCGCAUCGUGGCCCGCGCCGCCAGGCUCGGCGAGGUCACCGGCGGGCCGCGGCUGCCCCAGGAGUUUGUGGAUCUGUACCGCCGGGACGAGGACGCCGGCAAGAAGAAGCGGAGGAGGAACAAAGGCGGCCACCUGGACGGGUACGGCCCGGUGUUCGCACAGGUGACGCACUCCGAGGCGCGCACACCGGCCGACCUGCUCAAGCGCGCCGUCACGUCCGCCUACCUCACGUGCUGCCUCGAGGCCGUCCUGCCCGACGGCGUCCUCCCGGAGGACGAGGCGCAGCUGCUGACGGCCGCCUUCCUGCGCCACCUGCAGAGCUGCUCGUGCAACGCGUACCAGGUCUCGGAGCACCGGUGUGGCGGGGCGGGCGGGGUGCGCGCCUCGCGCGGCGUCGAGCUGGGCGGGGCGUGCUACCCCACCGUCUCGCUCGUGAACCACGCGUGCCACCCCAACGUGGCGCGCCACUCGCACGGCAGCGUGUGCGUCGUGCGGGCCGUGCGCCUCAUCCCCGAGGGCUCCGAGGUGCUGGACAACUACGGCCCCCAUUUCCUAGAGCUGGAGACUGAGGAACGGCGAGCCGCGCUGUCCAAGCAGUACAUGUUCCACUGCGAUUGCGACGCUUGUCGCUACGGCUGGCCCACCCUCGAGGGCCUAGACCGCCUGCCGCAGGUCGAUCCCAAGGCGAAGGCAAACAGCAAACAGCAGAACCUGCUCCAGGAGCUGAGCGGGCGCCUGCAGCGCGGAGUGCAGGGGCUGCUGGAAGGGCGCCCCGGGGAGGCGUUGCAGGCCGCGCUCAAGUACUCCGGCAGCCUGCAGCAGCUGCAGCAGAAGGGGCGGCCCCCGAGCGCGGAGCAGGUGCGCGCCGAGCAGGUGGCGGCGCUGUGCUGGAGCCUGGCCGGCAACAGAGUCGACUUCUGACGGCGUCGUCUGGACUCUAACAAGUGCGCCGCUGCCGGCCGUGGGGCACAACAAGUGCGGCGGCGCGGCGUGCGACUCUACUCCGUGCCGAGGAGCGCGGGCGUGCGGCCGGCCGCCACUAGAUGGCGCGGCACGGCUGGUGACACUGGGACUUGGUGCGUGGGCAAGGCAGUAGCCAGCAGUUAAUUCAAACGUGUGCGUGUGAGAGAGAGAGUGCGAGACAGACAGACAGACAGACAGACAGACAGACAGACAGACAGACAGACAGACAGACAGACAGACAGACAGACAGACAGACAGAGAGACAGACAGACAGACAGACAGACAGACAGACAGACAGAUAGAAAGACCCCCAGAGAAGGAAUACUCCCCCCUCCCUCGCACUA